AUGGUUUCCCGUCUAGUCCUGCUCAUCCUAAUCUCUACCGUAUCCGCUGAAUUUCAUAAAAUGAAGUUAGGCGGAGACUGUGAGAAAAUUCGUCUGGAACUCGAGGGAACCGAUGAUUCGGCGACAAAACUUUCGAAAUUUAACGCAUUUUUGGAUACUCUUGGUCCGGAUGUCCGUCAGAAAUUCUGGGACAUCGUUGCGGCUGCAAAAACCGACGCGGCGACUAAUCUACCAUCGGAAAAUGCCAAAAAUCUGGCGGCAAGUGUCGUCAGCGAUUUUGAGACUGGAAAUUUCUUCAAGUCCCAUGAAGAAAUGUCUAAAGAGCUAAAAUCCAAAUUCGAAUCUCUUGAUGAUGCCGACAAGACCGCCGUCAAAAAUUUGGCUAAAGUCUAUGGACAACAAAUCAAAAAAUUGGUGGUUCCAGUUUUGCCAGAAAACUGUAAACCAGCUUCCGACGCUGCCACUGAAGCCGGCAAACAGGCACAGGCUGGGGGUUUUGAUACGGUACUGUAG